AUGGAGGAGAUUGGUCUACCAACGGAGCCGUACGAGUGGUACCUUGACAUGCGUCGUUAUGGAACAGCCAGGGCCGGCUUAGAGGGUGGUGCGAAGGUGCGUUGCCGCCCCUGGGAACAGCCAAGCAUGCAUGAUUCGGACUUGGAUUUGAAGGCAACAGAAACUACUACUGGACAGGAAGCUGCAGACCUUAAAGAGCUCAAAGAAAAAGUCGCACUCUUGAUAGAAUUGGCGUUAGUGAUCUUCACACAAAGAUCGUCCAAGUGCAGUUCUGAACAGGUCCGUUCCGAGCAAUUACACCUCCCCACCAAUCAUCAGGAUCCUCUGUUCUUUUUGGCUUUUGAGGUGAGGUUGGAAAGUCUGUUGGAUUCGAGGUUGCUCCGGCUCCGUUCCGUCCGAGGGAAAACCGGAGACGAACGGGAAGUACCGUCGCUUGAGGCGGCUGAUAAAGAGCUUGCGAAGCAGAUUCUUAAAGAGAUCAGGCUGCUUGAAGGCAUUGCUAAUGCGGCUAUGAGAGCCAAGAUCAAAGAGUCUAUGGGGCAGAAAGAUGAUAUCCAAGGUCAAGUUAAGUUAAUGGGUGCUGGUUUGGACGGAGUGAAGAAGGAGAGGCAAGCAAUUUCAGCAAGGAUUGGUCAGCUGAGUGAGAAGGUGAAAGCAACGAAAGAUGAGAUUUUGGUUCUGGAGAAUGAGCUCAAGGCUGUGAGCGAGAAGAGGGACAAGGCUUAUUCGAACAUUCAUGAGCUUAGGAAGCAACGUGAUGAGACGAAUUUUGGCCUUUACCAAGGCCGUAAUGUGUUGAACAAAGCUAGAGACUUGGCUACACAAAAGAACAUAACCGACCUUGAGGCACUUGCUAAAGCCGAGGUUGAGAAAUUUGUUACUCUCUGGUGCAGUAAGAAGAAUUUCAGAGAGGAUUAUGAGAAGAGAAUCUUGGCCUCACUUGAUGCUAGGCAGCUGAGCCGAGAUGGGCGGAUGAGAAACCCCGAAGAGAAGCCUAUACUUGCUCCAGAGGUUCCAGCGGCAAAGGCUGCGCCUUCUAAAACCGAGGUUGUCCCUAAAGCUAAUGCAAAGCAGCAGCCAAAGGAGGAACCAGUUUCUGCACCUAAACCAGAUGCUAGUGUUGCUCAGAAGACUGAGAAAGCUAAAGAUACAGCGAAAGUAAAGAAAGUUGUGAAAGAUGAGGAUGAUGAUGAUGAAGUAUAUGGUCUUGGAAAGCCACGGAAAGAAGAGGUAGAUGAAGCUACGGUGAAAGAGAUGAGAAAGCAAGAGGAGAUUGCUAAAGCCAAGCAAGCUAUGGAAAGGAAAAAGAUGCAGGCGGAAGAAGAAAGCAAGAAGAAAUCCGGAGGCAACACAGAAGCGGAGGCCGUCUCUGAGGAAGGUCCAGAAGCUUCUGACGCUGAGAAGGAGGAGACUGAAGCUCCAGUGGAGGAGAAACCACAGAAGGAGAAAGUCUUCAAGGAGAAACCGAUAAGGAACAGGAUCCGCAGUAGAGGAGGAACCAGAAACGCUCCCAAGAGCGAUCCUCAAGCGUAA